GUUCACAGCUCAUUUCUUCAGGAAAUUUCCCCAUGAACCUUGAAGCUCAUGACUGUUACUCUCCUCACCCUCACCGCACUUCUCAGAACAAGGGAAGGGUAUCACAUUGCACGUACCACCCAUAUUUCUUCACAAACCUUGAGGAUCACGAAGCAAAGGUCCCUUUCCUCUGCAGAACAGGAACCGUUACCACCAUUUCCGAGCAACAGCUUUGUGGCAGAGUUUAGAGGUGUGUAGUCAUCAGCAGGAGACAAAGUCGGUGUCAGAGCUGUGACCGUGGCAGGGAGAGGCUGGGGUUUUUUUGCCCCUCUUCCUUCCCUCCUCAGCCAAUAAGAACAUUUCAAAGAGGCGCAUCUUCACCUACAGGAAGCAAGCAAGGCAGGCACUUUUCUGUCUCAAAGGCUCCUCUUCUGGAGUGGUGGAGAUGGCAGCAAACUUUGCCUACAGCUUUGCUACACUUUGCUGUUUUGCACUCUGGGGCUUCACCAAGACUUCAGAUGCUGUGCUCAUACCACCACCUCAUUCAACCACAAAACCUGGCUUCCCCGUCUCCAUGAACACCAACAAUCCCGGCGUUCGCAAGGCAGCUCGCUUUGGGGUUUACCAAUACAACAACAGUUCCAACGACCUCUUUCUGUUUAAAGAACUGCAAAUAAACAAAGCCAUGGUGCAGAUCGUCAGAGGACUGAAAUACAUGCUGCAGGUGGAAAUUGGACGCACAGUGUGUGAGAAGAGGGAGCACUCCAGCCUGGACAGCUGCAAAUUCCAGAGGAAGAAAAAGCUCCAACAAGUGCUGAGGUGCUAUUUUGAGGUCUGGAUGAUGCCUUGGUUACAUCAAGUACAAGUUCCCAUUGCUCUCUGCCACUGACCCACCUUUCACCUGUAAGAACGUGACUCACAGGGAGAAUUUUCACCGAGAGCUUUUCCUUGCCUGGAUUGCCAAGGUCAAAACUGAGCUAGACAACAGCUGUACAGAAUUGCCACAGAGCUUUUGUUUCAAAGCACGUGACUCUUUUCCUGAGGGAGAUGCUCAAGAUCUGGGUGGCCAGAGAGACCUGCCUUGACUGAAUUCACCGCUAUCUAGUUGUAUUUUUUUUUUUCCUAAAACUAAACUGCAGAUGAGAACUUGUUGUCACUCGUUCACUAGAAAACUAUCUGCCCUCUUUGGCUGAAUCAUCUCCAAGCAGCAUGAACAGACUCAGGAAGCUUUGCUGGACUUAACUUUGUUCUGUGAUAGAUAUUCAUGCAGCCAUGAAGUAAAUAAGCCUAAACCACAGCACACAUGACUUCAACACUGAGGAGAGCUUUAUAACAGUGGGAUAAUUUGUUUGGGGAUAUACAUACACACAAAAUUAAAAUAAAGUCUGAAGAGUCUUCAGUGUUAGAGAAAAGAUCAGAUACAUCUGUCAGGAACGAGUGAGGUAGAGUUGAUCUUGCCUCAAGAGAAGAGAAUGGAAGAAGCUGUUCUGAGACCCACCCACAGCCCAGAAAUGACUGGCAAGUACUUCUACUUUAAUCAAAGGCUAAUCUGUUCUGUGGAAGGGCAUCAUGACAAACACUGUGAGGAAUAAACCCAAUCGUAUUCCCAAAGCACAUUUUUGCUGAUGUUAAGCAACAUGGUUUCAUUCAGGUUAAGAGAAGAUGCUCAAUUUCUGGCUGCCCACAGCUUAUAUUAGCAUUUAGGUGAACGAUGGCCUGGUCUCAGCAGGUAUCUAUUGUUGCUUCAGCCAUCACUCUUCAUGCAUGGACAGAUUACUGCUUACACAUCACUAGGUACUAGUAACACAGGUAACUGCUCCCUUAAAGCAGCAACAAAGCCUGGACCUGUGAUCAGUAAUACACAGACCAGCACUUAUAAGUGGAUUGGGCCCUGACAAGCUAUAAAGAACACCUCCUUUCCACAAACAUGCCCUUUCUCCUGACAAUUGUUGCCUUGCUGGAGCUGUCUUGCACCUCUUAUUAGCAGCAGCAUCUCCACUUUCAACGUUUAGAACUACCUUUCCAUCCAAAAAGGCGAGUGAGGGCUCCAGGCGAGGUUCAGGACCCUUCAGACAGGUAGAUCUAUUCACAGCACAGCUGAAGUCUCUACUCCAAGCAAUCCCACAGCAUGCCUUUGCAGGCUGGGCAAGUCUCAAGCUCUGCUUGAGAAACCUCACUUGUGAGGCAUGGGUGGCACAGGUGAUGCACAGCAGUGGCUCAAAUUUAGCCUCCAGUUCUGGAAAGGCAGCUGUGCUAUAUCAUAUCUUUGUGGGAGGGACAGUCUCAGCUAGAGAAAAGUAGUGCCCAGAAGAAACCUCCAAAAGGGCCAUGGAUGGAUGUAGUGUGGCACUACGUUCAUCCAUCACAUAAGCCACCGUUGACUGCCUGAAAGAAGACAAGGAAGAACAGAGCCAGCUUUGGUAAGGUGGCCACAGACACGGGAGCUGCUCUGUGCAUCUCAAAGGGGUUACAAUGGUCUCAUCCCUCUUCCAUUUCAGCUGAGUGCUUCACAUAGCAGCAACGCCAAAGGCUUGCUACCAAGCUGUCAGCUCUAGCCAGCACUGGCCCAGGACAGACCAGACAGAUUCCCGUUUCUUCCUUCAGCCAACACAAUAGCAUGGUACACAGUAACAGAUGAAGUCAGCCUUUCCACGUGCCACAGUGGGGGAAGAGGAAUGCACACAACCAGCUUUGGGCAGUGCAGAGAUUCAAACAAGUAGAUAAGCACAACCCAGAACAGUCUCACUUUACAAGCCCCUUGCACAAGGGGCUUCAUCUCUUAAUCCCCUCACUGAGUCAAUUCCCCAUGCGUUAAAGAAGCAAAAGUUAUAGCCAGACACACCUGGCCUCAGGCAGGCUGACAAACCCAACAUGCUCUUGCAGUUCUUUUGAGGAAAAUGCAGUACUGUUUGGAUCUCUCUAUCUAAACAGGCUUCUUUGGAAGCCAAGGACAGCUACACGUUUUACAUAAAACUACUGCACAGUAUGAACUGCAACACAGUUGAGCUCAUUGUAAUUAACCCGGGAGCAGGCAAGCACCUUCUGAGAAAGAAAGACAGGUCAGCCUCAUGUUUACAGCUGCAGCAAAGUGUUUACUGUAACACUGUGAUAAACAAGGAACACUGAAAGAGCAGCGUCCAUCAUAUGUCUUUGCCAAGAGCUUGGCCAGCCUGGUAAGGAGGGCUUUAAACUAGGAAAGAUGGGGGAAAGGGAAUGUUAUAGAGACAGGGUAGUCAGCAAAACGCAUCUCAAGUCGGGAUGCCUCCAGUGGGUGCAUGCAGCUGGGGACAUGGCUAUGGAGGAUCUUCCUGCACCCCUCCUGAGAAGCCUGCAUGCUCGAUUGGCUCUCCGAAAUGCCUGUACACCAAUGCAUGCAGCAUGGGGAAUAAGCAGGAAGAAUUAAAGAUCUGUGUGCAGUUGCAGGGCCAUGAUCUCAUUGCAGUUACAGAGACACAGUGGGAUUCCCAUCACUGGAAAGCUGUCAUGGGGGGCUAUGUGCUUUUUGGGAAAGACAGGCCACAAACAGUCAAAGAGGUUCCUGCAGAGGAUUGAGGAUAACUUCUUGACCCAGGUGGUGGAGAAGCCAACAAGG